AUGGAUCGUCGCAGACCUCGUCCCCGAGGAGAACCUCCGGGUCGACACGGCGACGGCAGCAACCACCUGAGUGACGCCGAGGACUCUGUGAUCCUGCGAAACCAAAAUCUCCGGCGCCGAUCGGACCGUGAAAGAGAUGACGAAUUUACGGACAACGUUGGAAGCUGGGGGCCUGAUCCCGCGCGUGACUUGAUGUACUAUGGCCAACGCUCCACGAGAGGCGGCCCUCAAGGUAGACGGGGCGCAGUAUCUUACGACAGAAAUGACUUCAUGGACGAUAUGGAUUCGUUUGGUCCACGUGGAGGUUGUGCGGGAAACAAAAUGGCUCGCCAUAUGGACGCUAUAUUGGCCGAGAUGGAAUCGACUGAACGUGAAGGUCGUACAGGAGCCAGAGACAUUGACGACCACUUCAAUACUCUCAUCAUGGAUGACCUUCCAACACUCAGAGAGAGUCGCGCCUACAUGAGGGAAACUUUGGAAACGCUCAGAAGUGGCGAAGAGCGCAGAAGGCUCAGAGACAACUUGGACAUGAUCACUGAAGAUAUCGCCAGACUGGAGUCCGAGCAACGCGAAAGUGGCAGCAAACCUCGCGGAAUGGGAGCCUCCAUGCAGAGAAUGGACUCAAAUCCACGUGGAGGUCGCGCAGGAGGCCAAAGCAUGUCCUACCUUGACAAACCUGACCUUGCGACGCUCAGACAGAGUCACGUCGAGACUAAGGAGAGUCUGCGACGUUUGAGUAAGAAUGGAACUGGCAAACAGCGCAGAAACCUCGAACAGGGUUUGCUCAUGAUCGAAGAGGAUAUUGCUAGAAUCGAGUACCAGCAUCGCGAAAGCAACAAGAUGGCUCGGGGAAUAGGAGCGCAAACGCGUCGCCGGGGCCAAGAAGAUUAUUCUGACGAAGACCACGCGGAUCUCAUCGUGGAUAUCGUGCGUCCGCGGCAGGACGUCGUGGCCAUUCUGGCCGCUGAUCAGACUGAUGAGAAGGUAGGAGGCCACGAUAUACUGUUGGCUACAUUCGCUAACCUUCUGUCAGCCGAUGCAUCUUCAGGAGUGGUGUGA